UGCUGAGGCAUCAUUCAAUGCCAAGAAUGUCGACUGCUGCUCUAGUCGCUACUGUCCACGACCACUCUGAACUUUUCUCUGAGCGGCGCGGAGCAGAGGAAGAACGGAGCUGUUCCACUGAACAUGCGGAGCUGCAGCCCAGUGGACUUUGAACCAUGACGUUGCUUAGUAGGCUUCGCUUUCCAUGCAUUGAUUGAUUGAACAACAGAGCAGAGCCACUUCAUACACAGCAGACAACAAUGGUGUACGACUCCGAGAUCCAAUUCACGCUCGACACGAUAUGUCCUUGGACGUACCUCGCGAAACGCCGGCUCGACAAAGCUCUGGCUCAAAUCCGCGAGGACUCCUCCACUCCGGUCAACUUCACGGUGAAGUUCAAGCCGUAUCAGCUAUACCCGGGCGCCUCGCAGGAAGGUGAAGACAAGUAUGCGUGGUAUCGCAAAUCCCGCUACGGCGACAGCGACGAAAAGAUGGCCAAAUACAUGCAUCUGAUGUCGAUGUACGGCAAUAAAGAAGGCAUAGACUUCAAGUUCGGAGGGACAGUAGCCAAUACCUUGCCUGCCCACCGCUUGAUCCAACACUUCCAAGAGAAGGGAGGGCCUGAGAUGUCAAAUGCGAUCGUCAAUUCUCUGUAUCGGCAAUACUUUGAAGAGGAGAAACAUCCCAGCGCGACGGAGACACUGUUGACCGCCGCGAAUGAGGCUGGGAUUGAUGAGACAGAAGCGAAACAGUUUGUGGAGGACGAAAAUGAAGGACUGCAAGAUGUGAAGAUGCUGAUAAGGGAGCAGGCUGGCAACGGGAUUGAUGCCGUGCCGUACAUUGUGAUAGAGGGAAAAAGGAGGGAUAUCACGAUUGAAGGUGCCAAAGAGGUGGAGGAGUUUGUCAAGGCCUUGGAGUCGAUCAUUAAGGAGAGCUCGUAGGUGAAUGCAUGCCGACAUGAUAUGUUGCGCCUGCUAUGAGGGAUUCAGGCUUGUCAAGAUCAGGUUCGGUAACACACAGGUCGCUGCCAAAAGCGUCAAUUGCCGGUAGCGAGCAAACCAUCAACAGUUCAAGUGUGUUGGUUGCUCUCAUGCUCGCGUUUGGCUACUGCCACCAUCCGCUUGUGACUUGCCUGCCGC